UGUUCGCCAAGGUGUGUUUCUUUUCUAAAAAUGGCGGAGAAUAUAACAAUGCAGUAACGAGAUUUUGAAAGCCAUAAAGCCAUCUUUUCUUCGAUCAGUAACCCUGAUUUGCCGAUUAAGCCUCAAGGCAUUGUUCAACAUGGGGAAAUUAUUAUCUAAAAUCUUUGGUAACAAAGAAAUGAGAAUUUUGAUGUUAGGUCUAGAUGCUGCUGGAAAAACAACCAUUUUAUACAAACUUAAGCUUGGGCAGUCAGUCACAACUAUACCAACCGUAGGAUUCAAUGUGGAGACAGUGUCUUACAAGAAUGUAAAAUUCAAUGUGUGGGAUGUUGGUGGCCAGGAUAAGAUUCGCCCUUUAUGGCGUCACUAUUACAAUGGAACCCAAGGCUUGAUAUUUGUAGUGGAUUGUGCUGAUCGAGACCGAAUAGAUGAGGCAAGAACAGAACUUCAUCGAAUAGUGAAUGACAGGGAGAUGAAAGAUGCCCUUAUUUUGAUAUUUGCUAAUAAACAAGAUUUAGAAGAUGCCAUCAAACCUCAUGAAAUUCAAGAAAGACUACACCUAACAAAACUAAGAGACAGAAAUUGGUAUGUACAACCAUCAUGUGCUACAUCUGGAGAUGGUUUAUACGACGGAUUAACCUGGCUGUGUUCUAAUCACAAACAUUAAAAUUUUCUUGAAGGCAGGAUCUUGAGAGCUAUUUAGAUGCUUUUUAACAGCUCUAUUGUACUAUAAAUUCUUGUCUUUCAAUAGCUACCUUGACAACUGUAAGAGGUAUUCUCAUAUAAAGUAAGUAACUAAUAAUAUGAGAGUUACGUAAGACUAUAAUUACAUUGUAUGUAUAGCCAUGUUGAUUCAUUAAAUUCUCUCUAUGGUGGUUGGAGGAGUAAUCUGCUGCAUAACAAGCUCGAACAAAAAGAAAAAUCAUAAAGGAAAAGCUUUGCAUUGUAGAUUAUUUGUAUCACAAGUUACCUCCAAAUAACAUACAGUACAUAAUGAAACUUAUUAUGCUAGCAAAAUAUGUAAUUCAAGGUUCUGCUUCAAGAAAAAUUUUAGAGCUUCUACUUUGAAUUUGAGUUUGACCAGUUAGGUUUAUCCUGCCUACUUAAGGCCAAAAAUUACUUGCUUUGGAUAAAACAACUUUCAAUUGCUACAUUUAAUUCAUUCUGAGAAGCAAUAGGUCCUUUGCAGUAUGUUGACACAUGACUGUGUUGAACAUUUUAACUCACUAAAAAAAAAAAAUUCGUACCAUAAAAAACUAAUGUUUUUUUUCUUGUGAUAUGCAAGACAGGAAUUAUCUUUUAUUGACCUGCUUAUGGAAGUCUAUUUGAGUGAGAAAGUCACAUGCAAGUCCAUAUUUCCAAAAAUUCAAAAUCAGUAGUUUAAACUUUGUAAGAAUAAAUGCCAUCAGUGUUCAAGCCUGUUAUCCCCAGGGGUUUAUGGUAAAAAAGUGGAAAGUGGAAAAUUGAUGCGUAAAGUGAGAGAAUUUCUAUAGUACACAUUGCAGUUCAGUUGCUUUAUGCAGAAAAGCUUCUUAAUUUUUAAUCUAUAAUAUCAUUGUUCAAUAUGCCACAGAAUCUCUCCUCCAAACAUCAGUGGUCUCAAAAGGCAAUCUUCAAUACAAAUUUUGUCCUGAUUUCUGGAACCUAGCGCAAUUUUCUACCAUACCAAUGUUUUUUUUUUUGUUUUAAAAAAUGACUGAUACAGUCAUGCAGUUCUCUGCAAAGGAUCUAUGGGUAGAAUUUGAAGUUUAUUAUAUUUUUGUUGUUUUCUUAUUGUAAUAUCAGCUAAAGUUUUUGUACAUUAUCAGCUAUGAGGGCAUUUUGGAUGUUGAGACAAAAAUUUUGUUGUGGUUAUUGAAUCUGUGUUGGCCUUAAUGUGGAAUUGUAUUACAGCAUAACAAUUUGAACAGGCCAUGAACUGUGAAAGUUUGUUUAUACACAUAGCAAAGCCACUAUAUGUGGGUCAGAAAAUAUCACUGCUGUGAAAUACUUAUUACUAUAGAGUGGUUCUCAAUUGAGUGUUAAAAUCAAAACCAAACUAAUCACUCUAGCCAAUCACUAAGGACAAAAACAAUACAGUGAGCCAAUUAAAACUUGAAGUAAAUGCAUGUAGCUGGUGCAAAGCACAGGAAAACAUGUACAAACAAGUCACAGUUGGUUUUAGUUUUACCUCUGGUUGGAUGAAAUAGUGGCACGAGUUCUUUUUGAGCCUAUUGUGUUCGUAGUAGUGCAAAAACAAAUAAUUUUUGACACUCAGUGAAAACCGCUAAUAUUGCCGCUUAUAAUGGUUUUUGAUUUCUCUUGGAUUUUGCACACUUCUUAGGCAAUCCAAAAGUCCACAGCUUCACAUAUAAUUUAUGGGCUUGUGGUUAGUUUGUCUGCCUUCCCCAAACUGAAAAGUGUGUGUGUGUACAAACUAUGAACAAAAUGUAUCAUAAAUCAAUCAAAAACUUUUAUUGAGCGGUUACAUAUGGUGUGGUAUGGUACUUCAUGGUACAUGGUUAUUGUACUUAUCUAGUUGAUAAGUGUCCUUAUCUUGAUGAUCAAGUCGAUAAGUGUACUUCUGUAGCAGGCAAUAAGGGUGGAUCAUGUAAAGACAGUUUUAUUAUAUUACACUUUUAAUUCUGAGCAACUUAACAGUCUUUAAGCCAGUAGUUGGACUCGGCCCUCAUGAUGUGUUAUAUAAAUUAUUAAUAGUUAUUAUAGAAGAGGAAUUAUUAGUCUUAACAUAACAUUGUUUUUGCUCAGAAGUAAUAAGUGAAGUCAGAAGAUGUUCUCAUUAGUAUAUUCUUGUGACAAUUUAAAUACCAUGUUAGCUAUUAACAAUGUGGAAGUCUACAAAUCAUUUUUGAUAAUUUGUUGGACAGAUCUGACUUUACCUUGUGAAUUGCUGAUCAUGUGACACUGAUGGCUAUUUGUUGUGAUGCUAAGCCUUGAAGUAAAAUGUAAUCUGUAUGUGUCAGAUUUCAGUAGCAAGCAUGUAUAUGCCAUACUUUUAAGGUGCAUUUCAUGAGAAUAUUUCUUGUGACAUGACGAGUGUGCAUAUUUAGAAAAAAAUCAAGGUCGAAGUGAAAUAUUCAUGGAUACAAGAAAGCUUGGGACAAAUGCCAGCUUUUUUAAUUCCAUACUCGUAAUGCACAUAAGCAUAUAACUGGAAUAAAAACACUGGUGCAAAAAAGCAUGGCAUUGGAUGCUGCUGAAUGCCAAUUUCUUUCAAGCCUUGUGAUAGGCUAUAUUCUAUAAGGUAUGGGAUCAACAAUGAUAUUCAAUACCAUAUUAAAGUUAAGUAGGUUUCCAACUGGCUGUAAAAUAGCAUGGCUACUGCAGAUAGUCUGUACGGUAGUUACUAGUAGAUGAAAUGACUUCUCCAUUCUUAGUCAUCAAGCCUCUUGUUAUCACAGGUUUUGGUCAGAAAUUAUCAUGAUUGUGAAAUUCUAUGCCAUCUAUCUUGACAAAGUAUGUUAUUAAAAGUUUUUAUGGCAAAUCAAAUUUCCCAUUUGGAAUGGGUAGAGUCUACUGAAGUACACAUAGGAUUUUGUUACGAAAAUAAAAAAGUUGAGGAAGAUUUAUGAAA